AUGAAUCACUUAGUCUCCGCCGCAACCUGCCAACCGUUUUUCUUGUUCAUUCAACUUGGCCACAAUACGUUUGUGAAUCCAUUUGUGGCUGUUGACGUUUUUCUAAUCUUGCACAACUUAUCACACCAAUUGUGGGAUUUAACGGCUUCCUACUCUACUCCACCUUACAUUCUCCAGGUGUUUCUCGAUAAGGCAAUCGAACUAGCUCAACGGCUUCUACCCGCUUUCAACACUACGACCGGCAUACCGAUGAGCUUGAUAAAUUUACAGACUUCCACAUGCCGCAUGUUUGUCUGGAGUCGUGACAAAUGCUCCAUUUUGGCAGAGGCCGGGACACUGCACAUGGAGUUCAAAUACCUCUCGGAGUUAUCAGGUGAUCCGAUUUAUGCUGCUAAGGUUGAUCGCAUUCGGCACGUGAUCAGUUCACUGAAACGAUCUAAGGGCAUGUUCUACAAUUACUUGGACUAUCGAAAACCAAGAUGGUGUGCAAAUGUGUCCGGUCUGGGUGGGUUGGCUGAUUCCUUCUAUGAAUAUUUGCUCAAAGAGUGGAUUCGAACCGACCACCGUGACAUUCAAGCUCACGAGCUCUAUCAACUUGGUAUAGAGGCUCUCUUCGAAAACGGUGUGUUUCGGGAGAGUGAGAAAGGUCAUCUCUAUCUCAGCACCUUCAGCUCCGGAUUACUGUCGGAUACCAUGGAACACUUGGCGUGUUUUGCAGGUGGAAUGUUGGCUCUCGGAGCACGGGACAAAUCGGAUAUCUGGUUUCAUCGAGCCGUUGAAAUCACACGCACUUGCACUUACAGUUACGAUGUGAGCAUUACCAAUUUGGGACCAGAAUCCUUCACUUUCUCCCCCGGUAUUGAAGCGAUACCUGUAAAGCAGAAUCAAAAGUCUUACCUGCAGCGGCCGGAAACAGUGGAAUCUUACUUCUACCUGUGGCGCCUCACGAAAAACGAAACAUAUCGGACGGUCGCUCUCAAGGUGGUGGAGGCCACCCAAGCAGAGCUAUGCGAACUCAUCACACUUGUCCUGCACCCACCACCUUACCUGCCUCGUUCACAUUUCCACAAAUCUGCCAUCAGUCACUUCACCGUUCAUGUGGGCAUGCUUUUGCUAGAUUACUCCAUCUACACGGUUUCCUGCUCAUCGCUCAACGCGGUUGCCAACUCAGGCUGA